AGGUUCCGAGCAGACAGGCUGGACCAGAAGGACAGAAUACCUGUGAGGUCCUAGGACAUCAACUAAAGAGAACUGCUGGUAGGAUUCUGUCACCCACAAUCCUGGUCAUAUUCUUGCCUGCUUCCUCCAGUAAGAGUCAUCAUGCCUCGCUUUGCAAAGUGCCCACGCCUCACCCUGGAGCAAGAGUUUCAGGAUUCAGAUGAAACACAGCAGCUGAGUGUUGAAGAGGUUUCCGCAGCUGAAGAGGAGGAGAAUAUUUCCACUAUUUCCUCUUUUAGCUUCUCUAGCCUGUCCUCCUGCUCUUUGCCUUUAACUCUUUCUGCUUCCUCCUCCUCUUCUCUGAUCCCUAGCACGCCAGAGACGGAUGAUAAACCUGCUUCUGGGCUGCUGAAUCUUUCCCAUUGUCCUCAGACCUUUUACUCCUCUUCCAUUUCAUGCAGUAUAUCAGAACAGCCCAGCAGCCUAGCUGAGGAGAGUUCAAGCAUCUGGCAGGCCUCCCAAGACACUGAUUUCUUGCCCAAAGACUCAGUAGAAGAAAAGGCGACCCAAUUGAUGAAUUUCCUGAUUCUGAAAUAUCGAUUGAAGGAAGCUGUCACAAAAGCAGAAAUGCUCGAGUUUGUCAUUGAAGACUACCAGGACCAAUUUCCUGGGAUCUUUGAGAGAGCCUCUAAGUGCUUGGAGGUGAUUUUUGGCAUUGACAUAAGGGAGGUAGACCCUCCUAGUGACUUUUAUGUCCUUGUCAACUCACUAGGCCUCACGUCUUGUGAGAUGUUGAGUGACGACUUUAAUAUGCCUAAAACCGGCCUUCUGAUAGUUAUCCUGGGUGUGAUAUUCAUAGAGGAUAACCGUGCCUCUGAGGAUAGUAUCUGGGAAUUCUUAAGUAUGUUGGGAGUGUAUCCUGGGAGGGAGCACUUCAUCUAUGGGGAGCCCUGGAAACUCAUCACCAAUGAUUGGGUGCAGGAAAAUUACCUGCAGUACCAGCAGGUUCCCGAUAGUGACCCCCCAAAAUACGAGUUCCUGUGGGGACCAAGAGCCUAUGUUGAAACUAGCAAAAUGAAAGUUCUGGAAUUUUUGGCAAAGGUCAAUGAAAGUGAUGUCAUUUCCUUUACCUACUGGUAUGAUGAGGCUUUGAGAGACGAGCAGGAGAGAUCCCAGGACAAGGAAGGCUGUGUGGAUAGCACUACUGCAUGUUCAUUGCUCAGCACUGAUCAGCAGUUUGUCCUAUCCCAGGUGAAUAGUGAGGCAGAUCCUUCACCCAGUCUUUGGAGAGAGUGGUUGGAAGAGAGCUGUCAAGUUUCUAAAUAGGUGGCAGUCAGGUUUAAGCAGGAGAGUGCAUAUUAUAUGAUAACUUUGUGUUCCUGUUUUAUAGGGAUGAUCUGAUGGUUUGUAUGUUUUUCUUGACAUUUUUCACCUAUUGUUCCUGUUAGUAGAAGAUAAUGUAUACCAAAACCCAGUUAGAUGGAAUAAUGGGUUCCAGUGUUAUAAGCACAGUGGGAUGACUAUUGUCCACAAUAAUGUGUUGCAUACUGUGAAAAGAACUGCUAUAGAGGAACACCUAGACUCCAAACAAAGAAAAACUAUGAAAAUGGCAACUGCCUGUUUUGUUCAUUUAUGCUGUGUAUGGAAAUAUUGAACUGUGUCCC